AUGGCGAGGCCGGCGGCGAAGGCGCUGCCGCCCAAGCACCUCGUGGCGCUCGCCGUCGUCGCCAUCCUCGGACUCUUCCUAGUCGCCGACUACCUCUGGGCCUCCUCCCGCUCCGCUGCCCCCUCCAUCUGGCCCUCGAGGGUCGAUAUCUCCACUCGCCCCACGGCGUCGCCGCCGCCCUCGGCGAAGCAAACAAAGGGCAAUGCAUCUACAGGUUCCAUGGACAUAAGUGCCACUUUUGCGGAUUUGCGAGCACCAGAAUUGCAGUGGGAGCAGAUGGCUGAAGCACCGGUACCACGUUUGGACGGUGCUGCUAUACAGAUUAAGAAUCUCUUAUUUGUGUUUGCUGGAUAUGGCACCAUUAACUAUGUGCAUUCUCAUGUGGAUAUUUACAAUUUCUCGGAUAAUACAUGGGGAGGAAAGUUUGAUAUGCCAAAGGAAAUGGCACAUUCACAUCUGGGGAUGGUUACAGAUGGAAGAUAUAUUUACGUAGUAACUGGACAAUACGGCCCUCAGUGUAGGGGGCCUACAGCUCGAAAUUUUGUGUUGGACACUGAAAGAAAAGAAUGGCAUGAUUUGCCUCCACUGCCAGUUCCUAGGUAUGCUCCAGCCACACAACUUUGGAGAGGGAGGCUUCAUGUGAUGGGUGGUAGUAAGGAGGACAGACAUGAACCUGGAGUUGAACAUUGGAGCCUCGCAGUUAAGGAUGGGAAAGCAUUGGAGCAGGAAUGGAGGAGCGAGAUACCAAUCCCUCGUGGUGGUCCACAUAGGGCAUGUGUUGUUGCUAAUGAUAAGCUCCUUGUUAUUGGUGGUCAAGAAGGAGAUUUUAUGGCCAAACCUGGAUCACCUAUAUUUAAAUGUGUUAGAAGAAGUGAGAUGGUGUACAGUGAUGUAUACAUGCUUGAUGAUGAAAUGAAGUGGAAGGAACUUCCACCCAUGCCGAAGCCAGAUUCACAUAUAGAGUUUGCCUGGACGAAUGUCAACAAUUCUAUAAUUAUUGCUGGGGGAACUACAGAAAAGCACCCAAUUAAUAAAAGAAUGACCUUGGUUGGUGAAGUAUUUCGGUUCAAUUUGGAGACACUGGAAUGGAGUGUGAUCGGGCGGUUACCUUUCCGGAUCAAGACCACGUUGGUAGGAUACUGGGAUGGCUGGCUGUAUUUCACUUCCGGGCAACGGGACAAGGGCCCAAGCAACCCAUCUCCUAAAAAGGUUGUCGGGUGCAUGUGGAGAACUAAGUUGCACCUGUGA